UCAAUUUGACCGCCAUCGAAACUGUCAUCGCGAAGCACGCGUGACACUAAUUCGUGACAUUUUUGUCAAAAUCAUCAAAAAAACUGUCAAUUCACGUGGGUGAGACGACUUUCAGCGUGAAACAUGUGCGUUUUGUGUGCACGAAUUGGGGCUACGUUCACGUGCACGUGACACGACUGACAGACGUUUAUUUACCCAGUUUUGGUGGAAAAGACAAAAACUUGGGAAAAUCGUGUUACGUAAAUUGAUACAGUGACUAGAUUUGGGGAAAAUGAAAGUCCAUCGCGAACGUUUCCAAUCGAGUAGCAGUACGGAUGAAAAUGAAUCCGGAUCCGAACAAGAGGAUCAUCAUCAAUUGAUGCAAAUCGCCAAUUUGAAUAAUCUUUCAGUUGAACCGACGAGGAAACGAAGAGGAAAUCUCCCCAAACAUUCGGUGAAGAUACUCAAGAGGUGGCUGUAUGAGCACAGAUACAAUGCAUACCCGAGCGACGCCGAGAAAAUGACCCUCUCUCAGGAAGCCAACUUGACUGUUCUCCAGGUGUGUAAUUGGUUUAUAAACGCACGUCGUCGCAUCCUUCCCGAGAUGAUUCGACGCGAAGGUCACGAUCCACUCCAUUAUACCAUUUCGCGUCGUGGUAAAAAAUUGACCAAUUCUGGUACAAUGGGUAUGGAACAAUCUCGCGCCCAAUGGGACGAAGAAAUGGCAACAGUUGGAGGAAAACGUAUUCGACUCGAUCAUGAUUAUGACGAUUCGAUGAAUCUCAUGUAUCGUUCGGAGGAGGAUAGUCCGAAUGAGUAUGAAAGCUCGAGUCCUAGUGAAGAGGAAAAGUUCAAUCCCUGGCAGACGGUCAUUAGGUAUGGGGUGGCCAAGGAGGCCCCUUAUCCCACCAAAAGGUCUGACGAGGGCCCCAUCACGGCGAAUCAGUAUUGGACGGCCCCGCACCCCCAGCUCUCCCACUUGCCGCAGCUCCCGCACCCCCUCAGCGCCCCCAAGGUGCAAGUCAUGCCCGCACAUCAAAUCACCGAAUCUGACCCCCUCAGUACGAACGACGAAGAAGACAAAGACAAGUUUAAAUGUUUGUACUUGUUGGUGGAAACGGCCGUCGCUGUACGACAGAGAGAGAAAGAGCAAGGAAACGUUCAAGUAUAGCCACUAGAGGGCGUUGUCUCACUCGUGCCUUGCUUAAAUUUUGUUAGUCAGUUUUAUGACAAAAAGUUUUACAAAAAAAAAGUAGUUGUGAUGUGAUAAUAAAUUGCCAAAAUUUCGAGUGAAACUUUUUGUUGUAAGAUUUGGUUUUACGUUUCAUGUAGUUGUUUAAUUCUUAGUUUUUAGAGUGAAUUUGGAGUGUCAUAGUUGAGUGAUAUUAAUGAUUGGAUGAAAUUGUGUUUUUUUUUUUUCUCCCAAUGGAUUAUCUCAUUAGAGUUUCGCACUCUGUGAUAAAACUACAAACAAGGUUGAUUCAUGACAUUUAAAUUGUGCCAUAAAACAUUGAUGGGAUGAUCUGAUGAGUACUUAGAGUUUGGAUUUCUUCAAAAUUUUAAAGUGUAGUUUUCUAAGAAGUUUUUAUAAACCGAGCGGUUGUACAUUUUGUAAAAGUAUCAUGUUUAUUGUUGAUAGGAGUAGCAAUUAGCUUGUCAAUUUUUUUAGUUGUGAGGUACUCUGAUUUUGUAAAUAUCUCUUCAUUUCGCACACAUUUCUUCACGAAAAUUCCCAUAAAAUUGCUCAAACAAGUACAAAAUCGUGUAUAUAAAAGAGAGAAAAGCAAUAUUUUGUGUAAGGUAUAUUUUUUACUCCAGAAAUGUGAGAAAUGUGUGUGAAAUUGCCCCCACCACUGCCUCAUUUGUAUCAAAAGGUAGUAGAAUUGUUGAAUAAAUACGUUUGAAUCGG